AUGAAGCUCCACAUCUGCCUACUGAGCGGGGCAAACACGGAGCUGGACCUGCCGAGUACCGACGUGAGCGUGGGGCAGUUGAGGCGCAAAGCUCAAGUGCAGCUGUGCUGCGGCAUUGAUCAGUUGAUCACCUCUGAUGGCCGAGUGCUGAAGGAGUCCAUGUCGGUGGAGGAUGCGUGCUUGAACGACGAUGAAACGCUGACGGCGAGCGUGAGACCCACACAGAUCGUCGCCAGCGUGCGGGGCCUGGCGAUGGCCUACCACCGCUGUGAUGGCUCCGUGGAGACGUGGGGCUUCCGAGACUCUGGGGGCGACAGCAGCAGGGUGGCUCCGGCGCUGUGCGAUGUGAGGAGCAUCACGCCCAACGCACGUGGCUUUGCAGCGGUGCUGUACAGUGGCCGAGUGGUGACCUGGGGCAUUGCACCCUGUGGUGGUGAUUCGUCUCACUUUCAAGAUGAGCUCUUUGAUGUGCAAGACAUUGCAAGCACUGCCUUGUCCUUUGCUGCAGUGCGAAGCGACGGAGUUCUGAUUCAAUGGGGCUCCAUGAAGCCUUUGCCCUUGAAACGCAUGGAUGGAGUUCAACAGGUGGUUGGAAGCGCGAUGGCCUAUGCGGCACUCUUGAAGGAUGGAGAAGUCUUGACAUGGGGUCAUGGCGAGUAUGGUGGCGACAGCCAUGAGGUUCAAGGCGAACUGGUGGAGGUGCAGCGGCUCUACGCCACCAAUGCUGCCUUUGCGGCGCUUCGGGCAGAUGCACGUUUGGUGACCUGGGGAGGAGGGGAGCUGCAGGAAACGCUUGCAGAGGUCGAGGAGGCGUUCUUCGACGUGAAGACCAUCUGGACGACCUCCGACACCUUCAUCGCCUUGCGCGAGAAUGACCAGGUGAUUUUCUGGGGAAAUUCCAGGAUCGUGAAGGAGCAGCCGCCCCAAGAUCAGCUCUACGAUUUGCUGGACGCAGCGGGCACGGAGAACGCCGUCGCCCUGCUGCGUGGCGAUGGCUCGGUAAUUUCCUGGGGCGCUGCAGAGACAGGUGGCGACAGUCGGCAGGUGCAGAGUGAGCUGAGGCAGGUGCUUCGCCUCAGCAGCACUCAGAGGGCCUUCGGGGCGCUACGGGCCGAUGGCGCGGUGGUGGUCUGGGGGGAUCCCAAGUUCGGUGGCGAGUGCCCGCGCGCCAUCAAGGCGCAGCUGAAGCUUGCCAAGACCAUGCUUUGGGGGGCGCAGCUUCUGUCCGACCGGUGA